AUCUGUUCAAAGCAUAUUUUUGCUAAACUUGGUCGUUAUACCGUCGAUGAGACACAAACUUCCUCGAACUGUUGACGGCCGUCAGGAACCGGAAAUGAGCUGCCGUUCAUUUAACGUUAAUGUCCUGCUGAGGAAGCAGCACUAACAGCAGCAGUGGGACAGAAUGACUCAGGUGGUGGAGGACCAGACACCAGCCACAAGAAACAGGCACAGCCACAGAGAUAAUGCUUUACUCUGGAGGGAAUGCAAAAAUGCUGCUCAGUGUGCCAAAGAAGUGGAGAAGUGUUCUCCGGAGUCAGGAGUACAAUGCAGUGAUUCAGAGGUAGAAAACCAAGAAGAGGAGGAGGAGUCCGCCUCCUGUUCCACUGAUGCUGUGCAGGUGGGUGGCCCAGCUGAACGCAACCAUCUGGCCGCACCCGACGGAGGCUGGGGCUGGGUGGUGCUGGUAGCCACCAUGUUGGUUCUGUCUCUAACGCUGGCCUUCCCCUCAUGCGUCGGUAUCUUCUACAGAGACCUUCAAACAGAGUUUAACGCCAGCAACACAGAGACCUCCUGGGUGCCAGCCAUCAUGACCGCCAUGCUGCAUGCUGGAGGUCCUUUAUGCAGCAUGUUAGUGGAGCGUUUUGGUUGCCGGGUAACAGUGAUGGUGGGCGGGCUCUUAAGUGGACUGGGCAUGGUGGUCUCUGCUCUGGCCAGGACCAUCACUGACAUUUACAUCACAAGCAGCAUCACAGGACUGGGAUUCUGCCUUUCUUUCCAACCGUCAGUGACUAUCAUGGGUCACUACUUUGUGCGCCGUCGUGUCUUUGCUAAUGCCUUGUCGUCCACCGGCACGGCUGUAGGCCUGACCAGUUUACCCCUGAUUUCCAAUGUCCUACUCAGUCAGUUUGGCUGGCGUGGCAGCUUCCUGAUUCUGGGUGGGGUGCUGCUAAACUGCUGUGCAUGUGGGGCAGUGAUGAGGCCCAUCGCAUCAGGACCAAACAAACCCAGAUGCUCUCAGGUUUCGGAUAAACCAAACAACCCCUCUGUGCAGCAGGAGACAAAAGGGGUAAAAGACAGAGUAAAGACUAUGUUUCGUGGCUUUAUAGUAUUCAUACAAAGACAUAUGGCCUUUGACCUGCUCGUGAGUAACCCUCGCUACCGUGUUUAUGCUGUGGGUGUGACCUGGAUGACGCUGGGGUGUGUGGUGCCUCUGAUCUAUCUGGUGCCUUAUGCUACUCACCACAACAUGGAGAUAGACCAUGCCGCCUUCCUGAUGUCCGUCCUGGGCCUGGUGAACAUCGCAGUGCGUCCUAUGGCUGCCCUUGUCUUGGGUCUGCCACGCUUCAGAGGCAGUAGCAGUUUUGUUUAUGUGUUUGCUGGUGCUGUGCUUGUGAACGGGCUGAGUAACUGCAUCUGUGGUGUGUCGGCCUCUUUCGAAGCUCUCCUGGUGUACGUGGUGAUCUUCGGCCUGUCCAUGAGCGUGGGCGGCUCGCUGCUCUAUACUGUGCUGAUGGACACGGUGGAGAUGAACCGCUUCCCCUCAGCCCUUGGACUUCUCUGCAUGUUGGAAAGUGGAACGCUGCUAAUUGGCCCACCCCUAGCAGGCAUGUUGGUGGACCACACAGGCCAGUAUUCGUAUGUCUUCUACGCGUGCAGUGUGUGUGUAUUCUCUGCCAGCCUCUUUCUUGUGGUGUUCUUCUACUUCCUGGACAGCAAGAGAGAUGAGGCGAAAAAGAAGAGCAUGAAGACGCCAUCAGAUCUCUAUCAGAAGCCUGUUGUAAUCCUGGCCCCUGACUGCCAGAACGUCGUCGCCUCAAAAGGAAGAACGUCAGAAAACACAGUGUAUGUUACCAGUGUGUGAUAUAAGAACACACAUUUGUAUAGUAGAGAAACUGUUUAGGGCAUUAAAACAGUGCAUUGAUAAACCCUUGGGUCUGAAAUUUUGAAUGUCAAUUUUGUUUUCUAAAAAGUCACACUUGUAUUUCCUCCUACUGCUCCUACUUUGUCAAACUGCUGCCAGUAACCAUUUUCUUUUUCUGUUACUGCAGAUACAGUUGAAAAGAACUGUAUUACGAGGCCCUUGAUUUGCUCAUGAAGAUAUUUAAGAAAAUGAAUUUUUGAUGGAAUUUGUAUUUACUGUUUUAAAUGAAUUUAUUGCUUGGAAUUUUUAGAUUAUUUUAUGAUAAAGUUUUUAAUGGUAAAAGAGUACAGCUCAUUCGUGUAACAACACGUUUACAGUGAGCUUACUUUGAUAUUGAUUGAUUUGAUACUCUGUAAAUAUAUAUUAAUUUUGCAUACAUUUACCUUUUCACUGUGUGGCACUUUACAAACAUGAACAUGGACAAGUUUGGUGUUUAUGUAUAAAAGUUGCUUGUUUUGUACAAAGUGUAAGUUAUUUCUGGCCCUAUUCUCAGUGUUUAGUAUUUGGAAUAUCUGGUUUCUGCAAUAAUAAAAA